AUGAUGAAGCUGGAGAGUUACUGGAUCGAGGCCCAGACAUUGUGCCACACGGUGAACGAACAUCUGAAGGAGACUCAGAGCCAAUAUCAGGCCCUGGAGAAGAAAUAUAACAAGGCCAAAAAACUGAUCAAGGACUUCCAGCAAAAGGAAGUUGACUUCAUGAAACGGCAAGAAGCUGAAAAGAAGAAGAUUGAGGACAUGGAAAAGGUUCACCUUGCUGAGGUGCAGAACUUACAGUCCCGGAUCAAAGACCUGGAAGCAGAAGUAUUCCGGCUCCUCAAGCAAAAUGGCAGUCAAGUCAACAACAACAACAACAUUUUUGAAAGUCGGACAUGCCUUGGCGACGACCCAGUGUCAGCCGAAGACUUGGGUGAAAAACAAGAGCCGAACUUGGAUGGCUUGAAGGAAGGUUUGUUAAAACAUUGA